CCUCCAUGCUUAUCUCUUCCCUUCCUCGCUCCUUAGCGUAGUCUUCCUCUUGCGAACCGUCGCCUCGCCUCGAUCACUUCCUCUCGACACGCCCCAGCAGCCAGUCCUUCUCCUCCACCCGAGGCAAGAGUCGGCAAGUACAAGCAAAAUGAAUUACUUCGUGAUGAUGGCCAUGGUGGUGGUGGUGGUGGUAACGUUUCCGCUUCCUAAUGCUGACGCUCUCAUCGACUGCUACGUGUGUAUUGGUUACGAUUCCAGCCUCUCAGAGAACGAACUGAUCAAUAACAAGUACUGCCCGCAAGGUAGCUUUGACUCGUCGAAGGUGACCACAACGAAGGGGGUGGCCUGCAUGGCUGUUAUAGUGGAAAAAGGCGGGAAAACACUGACGGAGAGGGUCUACAUAUCUACUACCACGAAGAUGGCUUCGAACAUGACGACAAGAGGCUAUUAUAAGGGGAGCAUUCACGGUUACAUCUGCGACGAAGCCUUCUGUAACGAUCAGAGCCCCUCGGCCUCCUCCACCCUCAGUUUCCAGCUCCCGCUCCUCCUCCUGUCUCUACUGGCGGCCCUGCAUCGAUGCCUGGCUUAACACAGUCUCUACCAUCUCCACAGCCUCCACCACUUAGUA